UAACGUAGUGUUGGAAAAGUCCGGCUGCCAUUUAAGUAGCGCACGUGGAGUAAAUUCUCACGUUUUUAUAUCAGCUACUAAAACCAGUUAAAUUAAGUUAAAACUAUGGGUCGCAAAGCUGAAUAUAGUGAGAAACCGAAGAAGGGACCUGGCCGCAAGGCACGCAAACAGGGACCACCCGUCUUCCGCAAGAAAUCCUUUGCUCCCAUGGAGGAGGAGGAUAAAAAGCUUUCCCACCGUCAAAAGCAACGUUUCGUCAAGCGGGAGCAAAAGAAAGUAGUCCAGAAAGCGAAACUCCAGGAAAAGCGGGCCAAGGGUGCUCAGAAGCAGCCACAAGUCAGACGCAAAACGGCCUACAACAGCGACAGCGAACCAGAGGAGGAAGUGGAGGCCCAAGAGGCUUCAUCCGACGAAGAGGUGCCACAAUUGGUGCCAGCACCCAUAAAUACAAAAUCGGCAGCUCCCAAGGGCUUCACAGACGACAACGAUGCCUGGUUAAAGCCCAAAAAGGGAAAGAAGCUGCCAGAACCCGAGUCUGAGGAUGAAGAGGAAUUGGAGGAAGACUCUGAGGAUGAAAAUGGCCUAGAAGCUGCAGAGUCGGCUGAGGAAGACGAGGAGGAGGAGGCGGAGGACGACGAUGAAGAUGAUGAAGAGGAGGACUCCGAUGAAGACACCGCUCAGGUUGGCAAGCUGGCCGAUCUUUCCGACGAUGAGGCCAAUUCGGACGAUGACUUUGACAUUUCCGGGGACGAGGAUGCUGCCGAGGCAGAGAGCGAUGAGGAUGAUGACGACGACGACGAUGAUGAUGACAAGCUGCCCAUUGAGCGUGCCAACAAGAAGCUCAAGAAGCGCGAGGCCAAGGACGCCCAGCUGGCCGAGGAGGAAAUGCAGAUGACGGUUGAUCAUCAGGAUGUUUUCCAGCUGCCCACCGAGGAGGAAAAGACCGAGGAACUCACCCUGCAGCAGGUGCAGCAGCGCAUCAAAGAUGUUACCUUGGUUUUGUCCGAUUUCAAGAAAUAUCGUCAGGCGGAUCGUUCUCGCGGGGAGUACAUUGAGCUGCUGCGCCAGGAUUUGUGCCUGUACUACAGCUACAAUGAGUUUUUAAUGGAAAAGCUGAUGGACAUGUUCCCGCUAACCGAACUCAUGGAGUACCUCGAGGCCUCGGAGGUGGCCCGUCCACUAACCAUCCGCACCAACACGCUGAAGACACGUCGUCGAGACUUGGCCGCUGCUCUGAUCAAUCGUGGCGUCAAUUUGGAUCCCCUGGGCAAGUGGACCAAGGUGGGACUGGUGGUCUUCAACUCGACGGUGCCGCUGGGUGCCACACCCGAGUACUUGGCCGGUCACUACAUGUGCCAGGGUGCCUCCUCGCUGCUGCCGGUGAUGGCGCUCGCUCCGCAGGAGAACGAACGCAUCCUGGAUAUGUGCUCGGCCCCUGGUGGCAAGGGAUCGCACAUUGCUUCGAUAAUGAAGAACACCGGAACGCUGUUCGCCAACGACUUCAAUCGUGAUCGCGUCAAGGCUGUUCAGGCCAAUUUCCAUCGGCUGGGCAUUGUGAAUGCGAUCAUCAGCUGCGAGGAUGGCACCAAGUUCAGGAACAUUAUCACCGGUUUCGAUCGCGUCCUGCUCGAUGCUCCCUGCACUGGCACUGGUGUGGUCUCCAAGGAUCCCAGUGUGAAGACCACCAAGUCUGAGGUGGAUGUUCAGAGGUGUUACAACCUGCAGCGCAAACUUCUGCUCUCGGCCAUUGAUUGUGUGGACGCGAAAUCGAAGACAGGUGGAUUUAUUGUAUACUCCACCUGCUCCGUGCUGCCGGAGGAGAAUGAAUGGGUCAUCGACUACGCGCUUAAGAAGCGCAAUGUCAAGCUGGUGGAUACCGGCCUGAACUUUGGCGUCAAUGGCUUUACAAAUUUCCGCCAGCACCGCUUCCAUCCCAGCUUGAACCUUACCCGGCGCUACUAUCCGCACACCCACAACAUGGAUGGAUUCUACGUGGCCAAGCUGCAGAAGUUCUCCAACACCAUACCGCUGACCAAGGAGCAGCAGGAGGAGGAUGAGAAGCAAUUGGACGCCGCCAUCGAGGCUGAAGCGGCCUCCGCCGCAGAAAGUGCAACUGAAGGGGAAGCUGAAAAGGAGACGGAAGCUGGUGACAAGGUUCCCCGCAAGCUUUUGGGCAAGCGUGCCGGCAAGCCCAGUCUCACAGAUAUUGAGCAGGAUUUGAAGAAGAAGAAGUUGGAGGAGAGCAAGACCAAGUACGUGGCCAAGGUGUUCGAAAAGCCCGUCAAGGCGCCCAAGCAGCCAAAGCCAGAGAAGCCGCAGGAGGAGAAGGCGGCGCUAUCCAAUGGCAAUGGUUCUUCCAAAGCAGAAGGGAAGGCAUCUAAGAAGCGACAGCAGGAGCUUCAGAAGGUGAAAAAAACUCCGGAAACAGAUCAGAAAGUACCUAAAAGCGAGUCACCAUCCAAAGUUUCCAAGCCAACGGUAAAUGGUGGCGCUUCUCCCGCGACGCCUGAGCGUAAGCAAAACUUGAAAAAGUCAGCCACUCCGAAGACCCCUUCCAAGCUAGUGAAUGCACCUCACGAAGACAAAGUACCCUUGCUGGAAGGUAAGCCCAUCAAGAAGCAGAACAACCUGAAGAAAAAGCAGGUGGGGCAACUGAAGAAGUCGAAGGCGAGCGGGAAAGAGGGAAAGAAGCAAAAGUUCAAGAAGUGAACCUUAGAGAUCCCUGUUUAAUUUAAGAGUAUAAAUUAAGUUGGGGCAGUCCCCAGGCGAUUACUAUUUCCUGUUUACUAUUGAGAACUUUUUUAGCCGAAAUUCGAUUUUUAAAAUACAACAGUGCUGUAAUUAACGGUCGAUAUAAACAAUAAAUGCUAAUAUAGUCACUAA